GCCUUGGCGGAAGUGGGGCGGGGCGCGGCCUCUUUGGUGCUGGCGGCCGGCGAAGAUGACGAAGGGUACAUCUUCGUUUGGUAAACGUCGAAAUAAAACACACACCCUGUGUCGUCGAUGUGGGUCCAAGGCGUACCAUCUGCAAAAAUCGACCUGUGGGAAAUGUGGUUACCCUGCUAAGCGUAAGAGAAAGUAUAACUGGAGUGCAAAGGCUAAAAGACGCAACACCACUGGUACCGGUCGCAUGAGGCACCUGAAAAAGGUCUACCGUCGAUUCAGGAAUGGAUUCCGUGAGGGAACCACACCGAAGCCCAAGAGAGCAGCUGUUGCAGCCUCCAGUUCAUCUUAAAGACUCAUCUGUUUGUUAAAAUAAAUGGUCUUAUCCAGAA